AUGAUAGAGAACGUGAAGGAUGAUGGAAGAGAGCUUGAAUUGUUGCUCAAUGAGAUCCCUAGGGUAACAUCAUCGUCUGAUGAAGAUGAUUUUCUUAAUCCUUGCCAAAAUCUUGAUCAUGAUCUUGAUCGUAAUCAUGAUGAUUAUGAUCACGAUCUUGUAUCCUCAUUUGUAAUGAAACAGAAUCAAGGAAACUAUGGUAAUGGUAAUGGUAAUGGUGUUAGGGGUUAUGAUGAAGAGGCAUUGAAAUCACCUGUAACUGUCAGUGGUUUUUCAAUGCAAUCUGAAAACGGUUCUUCUUCUAGCUUUUUUUCUGAUUAUGGAACACCAACACCACCUUUAACGGAGGAUCCUAAAUCAACCACCACUGCAAUCGGAACCGGAGCCGGAGCUGGAACCAGAACCUUCUAUAACCCUAAGAAUCCUGAUUCCAGCCAUGGAACUGAUAGGUUUGUUGAUUUAUGUAGCAAUUUCAGUAGAAUGUACACUAGUAAUCAAAAAGAUAACCCUAGUGUAGAUUAUAAUAGUUCUAGGAAUGGUUUAUCGGAUUCUGACUCUGUUAGGUUUCAAUCCCCUCUCUUGAAUAACCCUAUCGGUCCUAGUCGAGCUCAAAUACGUUCUGCAUUUACACGAGAUUACGGAGUGGCUAAUUCAUUUGAAGUGGCUAAUUCAUUUGGAUUGUUGCCGACUUGUUCAGAGCAACGCGAGCGCGACUCUAUAUACUCUCACUUGAAUGGCUUUGGUAAUUCUGUGGAUUCUGGAUUAACACGAGAUCACGGGGUGGCUAAUUCAUUUGGAUCAUCACAGUCUUGUUUAGAGCGCGAGCGCGACACUAUGUACUCUCAGUUGAAUGGCUUUGGUAGUUCAGUGGAUUCUGAUUCUGCGAGGUUUCAGUCCCCUUUCUUGAAUAACCCUAUCAGUCAUCGUAAUUCAGCAUUUGCUCGAGAUUACGGAGUAGCUAAUUCAUUUGGAUCAUCACAGUCUUAUUCAGGGCGAGAUUAUGGAGUAGCUAAUUCAUUUAGAUCAUCACAGUCUUAUUCAGGGCAAUGCGAGCGUGGCACUUCGUACUCUCAAUUGAAUGACUUUGGUGCUUCAAGUUCAACGGGAUCCUCUUACCAAAGAAACCUGCAUUAUAGAGGAACUCUCGGACAUGAGACUGUUGAACCACACUUUAGUAGAAGAAAUUCAGCUGUUCAUGCUCCACUUCAUUCACAGAACUAUGGAAUGAAUUUCUUACAAGAACCUGGAAUGGCAAGAUUGCCUUUUCAUUCUCUUGGAACUGAUUUUAGGCCUAGUGCUAGAGUUAUGCCACCUUCAAUUGCCAGAAGAAUCCCACAAGGAAAUAUGGAUAUAGAUAGAGUUAUGCCACCUUCAAUUGCCAGAAGAAUCCCACAAGGAAAUAUGGAUAUAGAUGCUGUUAGAAGGGAGGGGAGCUUCAUCUUACAGGGUGAUGAGGGAUUAAGGUAUGUUGGUGCUGGGAGUUCGGAUCGUUGGUGUCAAAAUACUGCACGUGAAUUUGGCUUUCCUAAGCAUCUAUAUAAGUCAGAAGUAGACACUCAGCAGCCGGUUAUGGGAGCAUGUGAAACUCCUAGGAGUUCUAAGAUUGGUUCUCCAUUCACUUUGCCGCUUAAUUAUAAUUAUAAUUCCCGGUCGGAAGCUCCAUUCCCUUUGCCACCUAAUUAUAAUUCGCUGUCGGAAGCUCCAUUCGUUUUGCCACCUAAUUAUAAUUCGCUGUCGGAAGCUCCAUUCGUUUUGCCACCUAAUUAUAAUUCUCUAUCAGAAGCUCCAUUCGUUUUGCCACCUAAUUAUAAUUCUCUAUCAGAAGCUCCAUUCGCUUUGCCACCUAAUUAUAAUUCCCUGUUGGAGGCUCCAUUCGCUUUGCCACCUAAUUAUAAUUCCCUGUCGGAAGCUCGAGGGGUCAUAUAUUUAAUGACCCAGGAUCAAAAUGGCUGCAGGUACCUGCAAAGAAUGUUUGAAGAGGGGAGAAAUGAAGAUGUUCAAAUCAUAUUUGACGAGAUCAUUGAUCAUAUGGUCGAACUUAUGACGAGUCCUUUUGGAAAUUAUCUUGUACAGAAGUUGUUAGAUGUCUGUAGUGAAGAGCAAAGGAUGAAGAUCAUAAUCAUGGUGAUUCAGGAGCCGGGGCAGCUUGUGGAAAUCUCAUUAAAUGCUCACGGCACCCGUGUUGUUCAGAAACUGAUUGAGACUCUCAAAAUCGAGCAACAAACUUCAUUAGUUGUGUCGGCUCUUGAACCGGGAUCCCUGACCCUCAUAAAAGACCUUCACGGUAAUCACGUGGUUCAGCAUUGUUUGGAAUGCCUAAGCAAUGAAGAUAACAAGUUUAUCUAUGUUGCUGCUGUCAAGUAUUGCGUGGACAUUGCAACUCAUCAACAUGGAUGCUGUGUUCUACAAAAAUGCAUUCGUUAUUCAAGCGGGGAGCAUAGAGAAAUACUUGCUGCAGAAAUAUUUGCUAAUGCUCUUUUGCUAGCUCAAGAUAAAUACGGAAAUUAUGUUGUUCAAUGCACCUUGGACUUAAAAAUUCCAUCUGCUGCCACAGCUUUGACUCUGCAUUUUAAAGGUAGUUACGCACACAUGUCAAGGCAGAGGUACAGUAGUCAUGUGGUUGAAAAAUGUCUUGAACUAUUCGAUGACGAGCAUCGGGCGAAAAUCAUUCAUGAACUGCUUUCUGAUCCUCACUUUGACCAAUUGCUUCAAGAUCCACAAGCAAAUUAUGUCAUUCAGAAGGCUCUUCGAUGUUCUGAGGGCCAGGGCCAUGUGUAUAAUUCUCUGGUUGAAACAAUUGAGUCCUACAAAACAAUUUGUCGAGAUAGCCUGUAUUCCAAGAAGAUUUUCUCCCUUUUGAAGAAAUGA